GUGCCGGUCACCGCCCUCGGCCGGGCUACGUGCCUCGGCUGUCGCUGUCGCAGCGCUGCCACCUUGCUGGCGCCCGGGCGAUUAAACUAUGCAGGCCCCUCGGGCUGUCCUCAGAGGAGUCGCGGCUGCGGCGCGAGCGGUCAGUGCCCAGGCAUCAUCUUUUGCAACUGGGCCCCGACAAACGGAUGGCACAUUCUAUGAGUUUCGUACCUACACAAUUAAGCCAAACAAGAUGAAAGAUUUUCUGGAGCUGACCAGUAAAAACAUUCACCUUCGCACAGUUCAUUCCCAAAUGGUUGGAUACUGGACUCUAGAAUUAGGGGGACUGAAUAAAGUUUUCCAUAUUUGGAAAUAUGAGAGCUUUGCGCAGAGGACUGCUGUCCGCACAGCAUUAACCAAAGAUCCAGAAUGGCAGGAAAAAUACAUCUCUCACAUGCUGCCCUUGUUAGACAAGCAAGAGAAUGAGAUUACCUACCUGGUCCCCUGGAGUGAACUUGGCAGCUCUGAAAAAGAUGGAGUCUAUGAGUUGGUUACCUUCCAGAUGAAACCUGGUGGACCAGCAGUGUGGGGACAGUCCUUUAAAGCUGCAAUUAAAGCCCACAUAAACAGUGGAUACACUAAGCUGAUCGGUGUCUUCCAUACUGAAUAUGGACUACUUAACCGAGUCCAUGUGCUGUGGUGGAAUGAGAGCCCAGAUAGUCGGGCAGCUGGAAGACACUAUGCCCAUGAGGAUCCUCGGGUAGUAGCAGCUGUUCGAGGAAGUGUUCAAUUCCUGGAAUCACAGCAGAACAGCCUCCUGCUUCCUACAACGUUCUCACCAUUGAAAUAGCUUUAUAUGGUUCUUAACAGGGACAAAAAAUACUUUUCAUUGCACUGUUAAGUGCAUCUAAGUGUUUUAAUAGUCCAGCCAUAUUUUCCCUGUUUAUAAACUAUGAUACAAACCCUGUCUCAUUUUCUGCUUGCAAUCGUAUACCUAUUUCCCUUGCUGGAAAUGGAAAGUUUAACCUCCCGUCCAGUGAAAUGAAAAUUCAAGGUUCACUAAAUUAUGUAUGAAAACUAACUUCCAUAAAUUAUUUGUAUUAGGCUACCUCCUCGUAUAAUCUGUGAAAAUAGCACCGUAAAAGAUGAACAUAGAGCCCAGAGGGAUUUAAGAAAAGCAUCAUUUUUUGUUAAUUUUUCUGAAGCACUGAACACAUCAUGAGUAAGGAUCUUUUUUAUAUGGCCUUCAGUGUUCCAAAGCAUUAUUGUCAAGGUUUUUUUUAAUGUAUAUUAUAGCUUGUUCUAAACCAAAGUGCUGCAUUACUCAGAGAUAACAUAUUUUUCUACCAUUCUAUCAUUGACUUCAGUGUGGAAUUUUAACAUUCUAUUUGUCUGCUUGUCAUUGUAGUAGAACUGGGCCAAAAAGCCUUUGCAGUGGAGCUUUAGUUGAAUGAAAAGUGUUCAAGAAAUCAUGAACGUGACCUUUUUUUCAUUUCUAAAAGUUGUUUGUAUGUUAUAAAUAACAUACGUGUCAGUUUCAGGUCCAUACUGGCUUUCCUUUCCUUUUCAGUGCAUGGAAAACUUCAAGUCAGUUUUUCCAUGCAGACAGCUAGCUCUGGCACACUCAAAUGCAGAAAUGGAAUAAACUGAUUUAUUCUGAGAGUCGCUCACAGCCCAUGUCUUUUUUGCCUCAUUACGUAGCAUACACAUUCUUAGGGUUUUUGGAACAGUGGUAAGAAAUGCAGUUCCUGAAAUGUAAUUGGUGAAACUGAAACAUUAAAAGGGCUUUUUGAAAUACAAA